CGGGCCGGGCCGGGCCGGGCGGCGGCGGCGGCAGGAGGGGGCGGCUCCCAUGCGGCACAUGUGUGGCGGCGCGGCCGGCGGGCAGGUGAGACGGCGCCAUGGGGCAGGUGGGCUGGAAGGGGUUCUACCAGUCGCUCUUCGACUACAAGACCGAGAAGUACGUCAUCGCCAAGAACAAGAAGGUGGGCCUGCUCUACCGGCUGCUGCAGCUCUCCAUCCUGACCUACCUGGUGGUCUGGGUGUUCCUGGUGAAGAAAUGUUACCAGGAUACCGACACGUCACUACAGAGCAGCAUCAUCACCAAAGUCAAGGGCGUGACUUUUACCAACACCUCAGAGCUGGGGGAGCGGCUCUGGGAUGUGGCAGACUAUGUCAUACCACCGCAGGGAGAGAACGUCUUCUUUGUAGUCACCAACCUGAUCGUGACCCCCAACCAGCGGCAGGAAACCUGUGCUGAGAGUGAAAGCAUUCCAGACGCCUCAUGCAAGGAGGACAGCGACUGCCCUCCUGGGGAGCCUGUUGUGGCUGGAAAUGGAGUGAGGACUGGCCGCUGCCUGCGGGCUGAGAGUGCACCAAAGGGCACCUGUGAGAUCUUCGCCUGGUGCCCGGUGGAGACAAAGUCCAGGCCAGCGAAGCCACUCCUGGGCAAGGCUGAAGACUUCACCGUUUACAUAAAGAACUUCAUUCGCUUCCCCAAAUUCAACUUCUCCAAGACCAAUGUGCUGGACACCAAAGACAGAGCUUUCCUCAAAUCAUGUAAAUUUGGCCCCAAGGACCCCUACUGCCCCAUCUUCCGACUGGGGUCCGUGGUCAGCUGGACAGGGAGCAACUUCCAGGAGAUAGCUUUGCAGGGUGGUGUGAUAGGAAUUCAGAUUGAGUGGAACUGUGAUCUUGACAGAGCUCCCUCUGAAUGCAACCCGCACUAUCACUUUAGCCGUCUGGACAACAAAUUUUCAGAAAACUCUGUCUCUUCUGGGUACAAUUUCAGGUUUGCCAAGUAUUACCGAGACACCGCUGGGGUGGAGUUCCGCACGCUGUUUAAGGCCUAUGGGAUCCGCUUUGAUGUGAUGGUGAAUGGCAAGGCAGGGAAGUUCAGCAUCAUCCCCACAAUCAUCAACGUGGGCUCUGGGGUGGCGCUUAUGGGGGUGGGGUCUUUCUUCUGCGACCUGGUGCUCAUCUACUUCAUCAAAAAGAGCCACUUUUACCGAGACAAGAAGUACGAGGAAGUGAGGGACCUAGGGGUCCUCGCCCAGCUGGCGGAGUCCUCGCAACACAGCGUGGCCCCGGCCGAGGUGGGAACGGGGCUGGCCGAGCAGCCCGAGGCGCAGGAUGGAGGCGGUGGCCAGAAAGAGAAUGGCUGUGUGUGCCAGCAGCUCCUCCAGCCCGCCAGGUCCGGCCACCAGGGGAACGGAAAGGCGAAUGUGGAGCAACUGCGGAACCUGCAGACCGUGGAGGCGUAGCCAGAGGUGUUGGCUGAGAGCAGAUUUGGUGAAGAUGUUGGAGGCAGAACUGCCUGCAGCUCUGAACCAAGAAGAGUCGUCCUUGUCCACAAUGGACUGGGGCUUCCAGGCACAGCCACCUCUCCUGCACUUUGGGAUCUUGCUACAAGCUUUUCACUGUUUGUGUGGGGAGGGGAGCCUCCCGGUGGCCAGAGUGGCUCGUGCAGAAGAGGCCUAGAGCGUUUUCACUUUUCUGGAGAGCCUAGUAGGGCAUUCACUUGUCCAUUCAUUCAUGCAGUAAACAUUUUUUGAUGCCUGCUGUGGGCUAGGACCUGUCCAAAAGAUGCUUGAAGGAGACACUGACCUGGCCUUCAGGGAGGGGAGCACACGUGUAAUUCCCUCCAGAGCCGACAGACAUGACAGCUGGGCCCAGCACGCUGGCCUUCCUCUAGCCUCUGAGACUUGCACAGAUCCCUAGGCUGGAUGACGACUCCUUAAGAGAAUGACCUUGGCCAACAUCCAAGGGGACACUUGGCCUUGCCCCCAGGGGUGAAAUGUAAAGGUGUUCAAGGCGGCAACUGGGAGAGGGCUGGACCUGUGGGGAGGCAGCUGGCCAUGAGGGGAGAGGCAGGCUCCCAGGGCUUCUAGGCAAGACGGCGGAGCAGUAGGACUACGAGCUCACUUCCCCUUGCGACUACAGCAAAACCACAAGUGACUGCUAAACAACUAUUAGGGGGAAAAAAAAAAGACUGGAACCUAGCAGAAAAGAUUAUCUUCAACUGGAAACAUAAAGAAGGAACCACACUGGGAUGGUAGGAGAGGUGUGCUCGCGAUGUAAACAGACCCCAUACCCCUGGGGUGGGCGACCCCCAAGCUGAAGAAUAAUUAAGUCGCAGAAGCCUGCCCACAGAACUGAGAGUUCUGAGCCCCACGUCAGGCUCCCCAGCCCAGGGUUCUGACCUUGGGAGGAGGAGACCCCAGGACAUCUGGUUUUGAAGGCCAGUGGGGCUUAACUCCAGGACCCCCACAGGACUGGGGGAAACAAGACAUCCUUCUCUUGGGAAGCGUACACAGAAUCUUGCGUGUGCCAGGUCCAAAGGCAGAGGCACUGAUUCAUAGGAACCUGGGCCAGACCUGCCUGCUGGUUUUGGAGGGGCUGCUGGAGACUUGGGGGAUGGCUGCGACUCACCCAGGGGACAUAAAAGCUGGUGGUGGACAUUCCGGGAGUGUUCAUCUACAUGAGCUUUCCUGGAGGCUGACAUCUUGCUUGUAUCUUAGCACCAAGACCUAGCCCCACCCAAGAGACUGUAGGCUCAGGGGCUGGGAAGCCUCAGGCCAAAAAACAUACUGGGUGGGAACACAGCCCCACCCAUCAGCGGACUUCCUGAGCCUCUAGGCAUACCCCUAGGCACCGGAGGUCUAGGAACAAGCUGCACCCAGCAGUGGGCAGGCACUCCUGGAAGGAGGAAGAAACCUGCAUAAGCCUGUAGUCCAGCCUCAUCCACCAGGGGGCAGGUACCAGAAAUAAGAAAACAACAGUCCCAAAGCCUGUGGAAGGAAUCCACAAACAUAGGCCAGACUCUACACUGGGACCACCUGGACCCUGGCUGUUGGGUGCCAAGAGAGGAGUGUACUGCUGGGACGCACAGGACGUCUCCCACAGAGAGCCACUUCUUCAAGGUUGAGAAACAUAACUAACUUACCUAAAAAUACAAAUAGAAAGACAAUAUGAGGCAGCAGAGGAAUAUCUUCCAGGCCAAGGCACAAGAUAAAAUCCCAGAAGAAAUAAGUGAUGAGGAGAUAGGCAAUUUAUCUGAGAAAGAAUUUGGAGUAAUGAUGGUGAAGAUGUUAAAAGAACUCAAGAGGAGUAUAUAGAUGCACAGAGCGAAGUUUUUAGCAGGAGUUGGAAAAUAUAAAGAAUACUCAAACAGAGUUGAAGAAUAAAAUCACUGAAAUGAAUAACACACUAGAAGGAACCAAGAAUAGACUACAUGAGGCAGAAGAACGGAUCAGUGCUAGAAGACAGAUUAGUGGAAAUCACUACUGCAGAACAGAAAAAAGAAUGAAAAGAAAUGAGGAUAGUUUAAGAGAACUCUGGGACAACAUGAAGCACACUAAUUGCAUUACAGGGGUCCCAGAAAGAGAAGAGACAAAGGACCUGAGAAAAUUUUUGAAGAGAUAACCAAAAACUUCCCUAACUUGGGAAAGGACACGGUCACCCAAGUCCAAGAAGUGCAGAGAGCUCCACACAGGAUCAACCCAAAAAGGGACACACCAAGGCACAUAGUCAUCAAAUUGACAACAAUUAAGGAUAAAGAGAAAAUAUUAAAAUCAGCAAAAGAAAGGCAACAAAUAACACACAAAGGAACUCCCAUAGGUUAUCAGCUGAUUUUUCAGCAGAAACUCUACAAGCCAGAAGGGAGUGGCAUGAUAUAUUUAAAGUGAUGGAAGGGAAAAACUUAUAACCAAAAAUACUCUAUCCAGCAAGGCUCUCAUUCAGAUUUGAUGGAGAAAUCAAAAACUUCACAGAUAAACAAAAGCUACAAGAAUUCAGCACCACCAAGCCAGCUUUACAACAAAUGUUAAAGGAACUUCCCUAGUCACCAAACCACAAGAAAAGAAAAAAGAAAGAGGUGGGAAAAAAAAGACCUAUAAAAGAUUGCUUUAGCAAUUUGGGGCCUUUUGUGGUUCCAUAUAAAUUUUAGAAUUAUUUGUUCUAGUUCUGUGAAAAAUGUCAUGAGUGUUUUGACAGGGGUUACAUUGAAUCUGUAGAUUGCUUUGGGUAGUAUGGCCAUUUUAAUAAUGUUGAUUCUUCCAAUCCAAGAAUUCAUUUCUUUGUAUCAUCUUUAAUUUCCUUCAUCAGUGUUUUACAGUUUUAAGAGUAUGGGUAAUGUCCUUGGUUAACUCUAUUUCUAGGUAUUUUGUUGUUUUUGAUGCAAUGGAAAUUUAUGCCAGUUAUAAAAUUCUGGUUCUUGAAGUGCAAAAAAAAAAAAGUGAAUGAAGGGCCACAAAUGUCAAAAUAUCCUUUUUUUGUGGGUGAGCUGUAUUCCAUUGCAUGUGUAUACUACAUCUUAUUUAUCCAUUCAUCUAUUGAUGUUCAUUUGGGAUGCUUCCGUGUCUUGGCAAUUGUAAAUAGUGCUGCUGUUAAUAGCAGGGUUUAUGUGUCUUUUUGAAUUAAUGUUUUUGUUUUUCUCAGAUAUAUGCCCAGGAGUGGAGUUGCUGGGUCACAUGGUGGUUCUAUUUUUGGGUUUUUGAGAAACCUCCAUAUUGUUUUCCAUGGUGGCUGCACUGGUUUACAUUCUCACCAACAGUGUACAAGGGUUCCUUUUUCUCCGCAUCCUUGCCAACAUUUGUUAUUUAUGCUCUUUUUAAUGAUGGCCAUUUUGACAGGUGUGAGAUGGUGUCUCGUGAUUUUGAUUUGCAUUUCCCUGAUAUUAGUGAUACUGAGCAACUUUUCAUGUUCCUGUUCACCAUCUGCAUUUCCUCUUUUGGAAAAAUGUCUAUUCAGUUCUUCUGCCCAUAUUUUAAAUGGAUUGUUUGCUUUUUAGUUGCAGUAGUUGAUUUAAAAUGUGUUAGUUUCUGGUGUACAGCAUGGAUGGACUCGGAGGGCAUCAUGCUAAAUGAAGUAAGUCAGACGGAGAAAGACAAAUACUGUAAGAUAUCACUUACAUGUGGAUUCGAAACAAAUACAACAAACUAGUGAAUAUAACAGAAAAGAAACAGACUCACAGAUGUAAAGAACUAGUGGUUACCAGUGGGGAGAGGGGAGAGAGAGGGGCAAGAUGGAGGUGGAGGAUUAAGACGUACAAACUAUCAUGGAUAAAAUAAGCUACAAGGAUGUAUUGUACAAUGUGGGGAGUAUAGCCAGUAUUUUAUAAUAACUAUAAAUGCAGUAUAACCUUUAAGAACUGUGACUCACUAUCUUGUACACCUGUAACACACACAGUAUACAUAAACUAUACUUCAACUUAAAAAUACAACAUUGUAAAAUAAAUAUAUAAAUAAAUAAAGUUUUAAAAAUGUAAAAAAAGAAAAGAAAAAAAAAAAACCUCAGAAAAUAACGAGUGCUGGUGAGGAUGUGGAGAAACUGGCAUCCUUGUGCUCAGCUGGCAGGAACGUCAGAUGGGGCAUCUGUGGUGGAAGCAGUCUGAUGGUUCCUCAAAAAGUUAAACAGAGACUCACCACAUGAUCCAGCAAUCCCAUUCCUAGGUACUGGGUAAAUUCAAGACAUAUUUUCAAACACGUAUGCAAAUGUUCACAGCGGCACGAUUCACAGUAGCUGAAAGCUGGAAGCAACCCAAGGGUCCACAGACAGAUGAUGGGUAAAUGAAUGUGGUCCAUUCACACAGUGAAAUCUGAUUCCACCUUUAAAAGGAAGGAAAUCCUGGCACCUUCUACACCAUGCACGAACCCAAAGCACGUGAUGCUCAGCGAGAGAAGCCAGACAGAGAAGGACAAAUACUGUGUGAUUCUUCUCCCUAGAGAAGUCAGAGUCAUAGAGACAGAAAGUAGAAGGUGGGGGCUGGGGAGGGGCUGUUAAGGGGCACGAGGUUCUUUUUGAGGUGCUGAAAAUGUUCUAAAAUCCACAAGGGUGAUGUCUGUACAAACCCAUGAAUACAUCAAAAACAACUGGAUCACACACUUUAAAUGGGGGGUGUGGUCUGUGAGUUACAGCUAAUAAAGCUGUUAUCAAAAAAAAAAAAAAAAAGGGGGGGG